AUGUCCCCCGCACAGGUCGGCCCCGGCGUCGACGCCGGCCUCCCCGAGUCCCGGGUCCUCAUCAUCGGCACCGGCGGCACCAUCUGCAUGCAGGAGGGCCCCGACGGCCUGGCCCCGAGCGAGGGCUUUCUCGAGAGCGCCAUGGCUCCGCGCCCGACCUUUAACGACAUGUCUGGGCACGAUGUCAAACUCCAGGCCGUCCGCAACGGCCGCCCCGUCACCAUCGACUCUCUCCGCACCCCACCCACCGCCCACAAGCGCCACAUCCGCUACGGCAUGCUCGAGUUCGACCCGCUGCUCGACUCCUCCUCCAUCCAGGCCUCCGACUGGUCCGCCAUGGCCGCCGCCGUCGCCGACAACUACCAUCUCUUUGACGGCUUCGUCAUUCUGCACGGCACCGACUCGCUCGCCUACACCGCCUCGGCCCUCUCCUUUCUCUUCUCCGACCUGGGCAAGCCCGUCAUCCUCACCGGCUCCCAGGCGCCCAUCUUCGCCCUGCAGUCGGAUGCCGUCGACAACCUGCUCGGGUCGCUCGUCAUUGCCGGCACCUUUGCCAUCCCAGAGGUCUCGGCCGCCUCCUUCGAGGCCUUUGCCAGUCCAAACUGCGAGCCCCUCGCCCGCGUCAACGGCCUCGGCAUCGACGUCGACUGGUCCCGCGUCCUGCGCCCGACCUCCAUCGCCGGCUUCCGCGUCGAGCCCGCCCUCGACACCGCCCACGUCGCCUGCCUGCGCGUCUUCCCCGGCAUCAAGCCCGAGAUGGUCGACGCCGUCCUGCACCUGCCGGACAUCCGCGGCCUCAUCCUCGAGACCUUCGGCAUGGGCAACGUCCCCGGCGGCGCAGACGGCCGCCUCACCCGCGUCAUCCGCCACGCCGUCGACCGCGGCGUCAUCGUCGUCAACGUCAGCCAGUGCGUCAGCGGCUUCGUCUCCCCCGUCUACGCCCCCGGCACCCUCCUCGGCCGCGCCGGCGUCAUCUUCGGCCUCGACCUCACCCCCGAGGCCGCCCUCGCCAAGCUGUCCUACCUGCUGGCCCGCCCCGACCUGACCUCCAACGACGACAUUGCCCGCGCCUUUUCCCGCUCCCUGCGCGGCGAGCUGACCGAGGUCGCCCGCCCGACCUUUGCCCACCCGACCUCGGACCCCCUCGAGGUCGCCGCCGCCCGCCUCACCCCUCUCGAGGCCGCCUUUGCCGCCCUCGGCUACGCCAUCCAGGGCGCAGAGGUCGACGUCGUCCGCCAGCUGCUCGACGGCGACGCCUCGCGCCUGCUGCUCAAGACGGCCGACUACGCCGGCAACACGGCCCUCCACCUCGCCGCCGUCUCCGGCUGCCCCGACGUCACCCUCGAGCUGCUCCGGCGCGGCGCCGGCGUCCACGAGCGCAACCGCGCAAACAACUCGCCCCUCUUCCUCGCCACCCUCUCCGGCAAUGACGCCUGUGCCCGCCUCCUCACCUCGGCCGGCGCCCACCUGUCCGUCGAGGAGGUUGAGCGCGGGCCUUUGGCCAAGUACCGCCGCAACCGGGACUGA